AUGAUUAGAAACCAUAAUCUAUCUAUUGAUACAGCUGCCGCUCGCAAUCAAAACAACCCAUCUCCCGAAGACUUUAGUGAUUCCGAAGAUGACUUGUCACCCUCCCCUAUAAUAGAUGAAAAUAUCGAUUUUUCCUUAGUUUAUGCGUUACAUAAUUUUAAAGCGACUGUCGAAGGACAAACUACUGUUGACAAAGGUGAUUCACUAAAUUUGUUGGAUGAUUCGAAUAGUUAUUGGUGGUUGGUUAAAGUUGUGAAAACCGAAGAAGUCGGUUAUAUACCUGCUGAGAACAUUGAGACGACAACCCAAGAAAAAGUUGAAAUAGAUGAAACUGCGGAAGAAAAUAGUUCGAAUAUGAAUCAAGAAGCAUCAACGCAAGUCGAUGAAAAUAUUGAUCCAUAUAAUUUGAGAGAGACUAACAAUUCAACACCAACAGGGCAAAAUGGUCAACAAGACAAAAAUAACGGGUUGUAUCGUCAACAAUAUGGUCAUCCUACAGAACAGCAACUAGGAUUACCUGCAAGUAAUCCGACAACACCGUCCACAG